CACAUGUGCCAAGAUAGACUCCUGACCUGUAGUUUACAGUUGACAACAUUGCAUUGACUGAUCGGUGUGUGGAAAGCGCUAGAAAGAAAACCAACCUGUGGACACGCGCAGACAAGGGAAAAGACAUACACGCGUUAUAUUUACUGUAGAGGCCUGUCUUAGUUGUGAGUCGACUUUUUCAGGCUGAUAAUGCUAUAUCUUAAACAUUUAGGAGCGAUCAGGACUAUUGUUUCGUUCAUUAAACAAGCCGGGAAAUUGGAAAACGGAAAUGGAGGUUUGUUCCAAAAAAGCCUGUUGCGCACGAGCGCAGCAGUAGCGCAACAUCCACGUCAUCAGCACGUGAUCUUGGAAACAGAGGCAGAGAUGGACAGUAAAGGUGCAGGGACAAACCUGGAGGACCUCCUGUUUUACACGAUUACUCAAGGAGAGGAGAAAAUCUCAGUGGGACGUUUCAUUAGUGAACUGGAAAGCACAGGAUUAUUGACUUCUGACCCUCGACUAAAGGACUGCAUGCAGCAGCUCCAUCAUGCAGUGCAAGAGUCUUCUGGGACAGCAAUGAUGGACCAAGAGCUCUUCAGGAAAUGUGCAAGCAGUCAUAUUGUCUUGUUCACUCAAGCCUUUCAGAAGAAGUUCAUCAUCCCAGAUUUCUUGACAUUUGCAUCCAAUAUAAACCAACUGUACUAUAAUGCACAAACAGAGCAAGGGGGGCAAGUAGCGAACUACAUUCCUCAACUUGCUAAAUUUAGCCCUGAUCUGUGGGGUGUGUCUUUGUGCACUGUUAAUGGUCAGAGGCAUUCUGUAGGAGACACAAGGGAACCGUUCUGUUUGCAGUCGUGCAUGAAGCCGUUUGAGUAUGCUCUGGCUAUUAAUGAAUUUGGGACUGAGCAUGUGCAUACAUAUGUCGGAAAAGAGCCCAGCGGCGUCAAAUUUAACAAAUUAAGUCUAAAUGAUGAUGAAAAACCUCAUAACCCAAUGGUUAAUGCAGGGGCCAUUGUGAUCGGCUCACUUCUAAAGCCUGGGUUCAAGAAGGCAGAGAAAUUUGAUUAUAUGAUAGACUAUAUCAAGAGAAUGGCAGGUGGAGAGUAUGUAGGUUUCAGUAAUGCCACGUUUCAGUCCGAAAAGGAGACAGGUGAUAGGAACUUUGCAAUUGGUUAUUAUCUAAAAGAGAAAAAGUGUUUCCCUAACAGUUUAGACAUGGUAUCAGCUCUCGAUUUUUACUUUCAGCUGUGUUCAGUCGAGGUUACCUGCGAGUCAGGAAGUGUCAUGGCUGCUACUCUAGCUAACGGAGGAAUUUGUCCAAUCACAGGCGAGCGUGUGCUGAGUGCAGAGGCUGUGAGAAACACUCUCUGUCUCAUGCACUCCUGUGGCAUGAACGACUUCUCUGGCCAGUUUGCUUUCCAUGUGGGCUUGCCAGCUAAGUCAGGAGUGUCUGGUGCUGUGCUUUUGGUAGUUCCUAAUGUCAUGGGAGUGAUGUGCUGGUCUCCACCUAUUGAUCGUGUGGGUAACAGUGUACGAGGCGUGCACUUCUGUCAGGAGCUGGUUUCUCUUUUUAACUUCCAUAAUUAUGACAACCUGAGACAUUUUGCUAAGAAACUGGAUCCUCGUAGACAGUCUGGCCAUGAGAGGAACAAGGCUGUAAUUGAGCUGAUGUUUGCAGCAUACAGUGGAGAUGUAUCGGCACUCAGGAGGUUUGCUUUGUCAGCAGUGGAUAUGGAGUUGAGGGAUUAUGAUUCUCGGUCAGCUCUGCAUAUAGCUGCUGCUGAAGGUAACCUGGAAGCUGUUAAGUUCUUAACAGGAACAUGCAGAGUGAAUCCUCAUGUUAAGGACAGGUGGGGAAACACGCCACUGGAUGAUGCUAUGGAGUUUGGACAGGACAGGGUGGUUCAAGUGUUAAAGGAAUAUCAGUGUAUUUAUUCCCACACCCUGAUGCCUGAGCAGAUCAGUACACACGCACACGAUGACGCAGCACUGGAUGCAGAUGAUCUGGGGAAUUUGGAGGCUCUGGAGAGAUUUGUGUGAUAGAGGACAUCAUUUUAAUGAAAAUGCAUUUCUGAGAUGAAUACACUAAGAUGAUACAUUAGGAGUAUGCCAUUUAGAUGAAAGCUCAUAGAUCAGGUGUGCUGUUGAUACUGAUGUACUGUUUAGUCUCAGUACUUAGUUUUCAGAUUAGAUCAAACUAUGCAGAUAAACACAGCUAUUAAUUAAGGCAUUAGGCUACAUCUGUAUGGCUUUUGUGGAAUUCUUGUAGUAUUUUCCCCAUUUUCAGUAGUCAACAAGCCUGAGUAACAUCAUAAAAUGGUUAUAACAUGGCAUAGGUGUGAUGGGAGUAAAUAAUACAGUGGCCCUGAAAUCUUUGGAGCUGUAUCUCUAUAACUCUAUUUAAAUCUAUUUACCAAAAAUAUUCAUAUAUAUAAAUAUGUAAUUUAUAAAAUACAUUUUUUUUUCAAUAUUUAUAUGAGCAAAUGUCAAGAAAUUUGACUGCUACUGUAAAUAUUCAGCAUUCAACAUUGUAGCACUUACUUUAAAGUAAAACAUCUUCCAGAAAUGCAUACUAUGACUCUUUACAGAUAUGGUAUUUAGAAUAAUGUGCUUUCAAAGCAUGCAGAGGUUGUACAUUUGUUUGUAAAUAUAUAUAAAGCAUUUUUGUGUAUAUACAAUAAUACAGCAAAGUUCUCAUAUUUGAAAAAUACUUGCUCUUAUUUAUUACCUAUAGCACUGUAGGCAGGGUAUUAGGAACCACAAUGCAGAACUUGCCGUUUGACUCAUUUUGACUCCUUUAUCGAAUUGUUAAGAGCUCUGUAUUGUUUGGACCUGACUAUAAACAUAUAGAUUCAUGAAAGUGAUUGAUUUUAUAUCACCUGAAUGCUUAGAAAAAAAAAAUUAAAAAUAAAAUAAUCACAUUCUAAUUGACCAAACCAUUUAAAGGCAAAGGUUUAUACUCUUUACAGUAAUUAUGUGACAUUUAGUUUCUAUUGUAAUACAUGUAUUUUACAGUAGCACAAAUGAAAUAAAAUAAAAAAUAAGUUACCACUAAA